AAUUAUUGGUUAAAGAAGUAUAUUAGUGCUAAUUUCUCUCCAUUUCUCCUAUCUUUUCUCUUCUAUCAAACCCACAAACCUUUGGCACAAUGAAGUGGGUAACCUUUAUUUCCCUUCUCUUUCUCUUCAGCUCUGCUUAUUCCAGGGGCGUGUUUCGUCGAGAUACACACAAGAGUGAACUUGCUCAUCGGUUUAAUGAUUUGGGAGAAGGAAAUUUCAAAGCCCUGGUACUGGUAACCUUUGCUCAGUUUCUUCAGAAGUGCCCCUUUGAAGAUCAUGUAAAAUUAGUGAAUGAAGUAACUGAGUUUGCAAAAACAUGUGUUGCUGAUGAAUCAGCUGAAAAUUGUGACAAAUCACUUCAUACUCUUUUGGGAGAUAAAUUAUGCACAGUUGCAAGUCUUCGUGAAAAAUAUGGUGAAAUGGCUGAUUGCUGCGCAAAGCAAGAACCCGAGAGAAACCAGUGCUUUCUGGACCACAAGGAAGACAAGCCAGACCUCCCCCCGCUGGAGAGACCAGAGGCCGACGUUAUGUGCACCAGCUUUCAGGAAAAUGAAAAUAAGUUCUUGGGAGUUUACUUAUAUGAAAUUGCCAGAAGACAUCCUUACUUUUAUGGUCCAGAACUCCUUUUCUUCGCUGAAAGGUAUAAACAUGCCUUUGCAGAAUGCUGUCAAGCUGAUGAUAAAGCUGCCUGCUUGUUACCGAAGCUUGAUGCUUUGAAGGAGGAAGGAAUGGUUGCAUCUGCCAAGCAGAGAUUCAAGUGCAGCAGUCUCCAGAAAUUUGGAGAUAGAGCUUUCAAAGCAUGGGCAGUAGCUCGCCUGAGCCAAAGAUUUCCCAAAGCUGAGUUUGCAGAAGUUUCCAAGUUAGUGCAAGACCUUGUCAAAAUCCACACGGAAUGCUGUCACGGCGACCUGCUUGAAUGUGCAGAUGAUAGGGCCGACCUUGCCAAGUACAUGUGUGAACAUCAAGAUUCACUGUCCUCUAAACUGAAGGAAUGCUGUGAUAAGCCUGUCUUGGAAAAAUCCCACUGCCUUGCUCACGUGGAAAAUGAUGAGGCGCCUGCUGACUUGACCCCAUUAGCUCAUGAUUUUGUUGAGGAUAAGGAAGUUUGCAAAAACUAUGCUGAGGCAAAAGAUGUCUUCAUGGGCACGUUUUUAUAUGAAUAUUCAAGAAGGCACGCCGAUUACUCUCCCUUAAUGCUACUAAGAGUUGCCAAGGUAUACGAAGCCACGCUGGAGAAGUGCUGUGCCACUGCUGAUCCCCAUGAAUGCUAUGCCAAAGUGUUCGAUGAAUUUCAGCCUCUUGUGGAAAAGCCUCAGAAAUUAGUCAAAGAAAACUGUGAACUCUUUGAGAAGCUUGGAGAGUAUGGCUUCCAGAAUGCGUUGUUAGUUCGUUACACCAGGAAAGUACCUCAAGUGUCGACUCCAAGUCUUGUGGAGGUUUCAAGAAGCCUAGGAAAAGUGGGUACCAAGUGUUGUAAGCUGGAUGAAUCAAAAAGGUUGCCCUGUACUGAAGACUUUCUGUCUUUGGUGCUGAACCGGUUGUGUGUGUUGCAUGAGAAGACACCAGUGAGUGAGAGAGUCACCAAAUGCUGCACAGAAUCCUUGGCAAAUAGGCGACCGUGCUUCAGCAAUCUGGAAGUCGAUGAAACAUACGUUCCCAAAGAAUUUAAUGCUGAUACAUUCACCUUCCACGCAGAUUUUUGCACACUUCCUGACAAGCAAAAACAAAUCAAGAAACAAUUUGCACUUGCUGAGCUCGUGAAACACAAGCCCAAGGCAACAGAUGAUCAACUGAAAGCUGUCAUGACAGAUUUUGCAACUUUUGUAGAAAAGUGCUGUAAGGCUGACGAUAAGGAAGCCUGCUUUGCUGAGGAGGGUCCAAAACUUGUUGCUGCAAGUCAAGCUGCAUUAGUCUAAAAACAUCAGAAUUACAAGCAUUUCAGCCUACUCUGAGAAUAAGAGAAAGAGAAAUGAAGAGUUUAUUCGUCUGUUUUUCUUUUCUGUUGGUGUAAAGCCAACACCCUGUCUAAGCAACAUAAAUUUCUUUAAACAUUUUGCCUCUUUUCUCUCUGCUGCAAUUAAUAAAAAAUGAAAAGAAUCUAC